AUGAAUCAGAAGGACGCUAUUAAAAUGUACCUGGGCUUUCUCGAGGAACUCAUUUCUCGCUAUGAACGAUCCUACUCCUCUCGAAAUGACGAUGUGGGUCUUGAGGUCCACACGCAAGAUACGGAUUCAUCGGGCGGCCAUCAUUCGAUAUUGACGGGUGUGGAGAGUCCGCUGCUGUGUCGGGGCCACUUGAAUGGGUUUUAUGACUUUAUUUUAUUGGUCGUGGAGAAGAGCAACGACCCGGAAUGGUGGAAUGUCUGUGAUUACGUCAAUCUACUCUUCUCUCUUAUUCUUGCUUCACCGUCGAGCGGCACCGCUGCGGAGGUGGUGGAUUUGAUUUUUCAUUCAAAUUUCACCACCCCGGACCCCACGAAGGAUAUUGAGAAUACAACGCAUUGCCCGUUCCCGGAUGCGCCUGAGGAGUAUGGCCGGCAUACUUCCUCCUCCUCCUCCUCCAUUUCCAACCCUUGCCCGCGCUAUCGAUCGCGCAAAAAACGACAUCCCAACAAGUCCGACCUCUCCCACAAACUAUGGCAUGCGGUUCAAGGGCUCCUGGGCGCCCAGCAAAGCGUUAGGGGCGGGGGCUGCUUUCCCGGCCGACUUUUUUGCACCUUGAUGGAGUGCGCGGCCCUACGUCUUAUCGUGCAGGGGUGGUGCCUUCGUGAGGUUCGCAUGGUCGCGACUUCGCCUUCUCAGGAAGGCGACCCAACUCGCCAUGGGCCCUCGAAUGGCGAUCCCCAGGGCGCUAAACCGUCGGCAGUUCCAUCCGCAAAUGCGCUGAGGCUGCUCCCACGGCUCCGCCCCGGGCUUGUCAGCGUUGAUUUUUUGCUCUGCGCGGAGUCGUGGAGGGCCAUGCGGGCGGUUUUUCAGCCUGAGAUCUCCCCCGAAACCCGGGUUCCGCUUGGGCUGAGUAUCGAUCCCCCUCACACGCCAACCCUGACGCCCAGUCUCGAGCUUGCGAUGUCCAGUGUAGAAUCGCAGGUGGGAUUUGCCCACCAGCGUGAUUUCUCGGCGGAGCUGCUGUGCUAUUCUUUUCCCCAUCUAGAGGACUUAUUAUCUUCGGCGUUGAGUUGCCGGUGCUACCUGGCGCGGCAGGAGGCUCUCCGCUUUAUCAAGGACGUUAUUUUCAAUCCUAAAUACCCCACCGCACGCGGAUUAUAUCUUUCUUCUGCGGGGCUGUUGAGUGCAGUGUUGGGAACCAUGAGUGAAAAGACCAUGCUUUGUAGUGAGCUAACCUUUGCCAUUAUAAAGGAGUUUGCGGAUACGCUGCCGCUUCCAGAUACCGUGUGCGAGUUAUUGAUGCGGAGACGAUCUGACAUUCUUAACUUCGCGUAUCAGUACUCUACUUUUCUAACCUGCAGUGGGGCCAAUAAAGCACAUAGUCAAUAUAUUUUUGAAUUUAUAGAAGAGUUGCGAACAUCUUUGGAGCCUUUUUCCUUUACAGGCUAA